AUGCAGCAACAGGAAAAGCGACGCGAGCUGCGUUUAAAACGAUUCUGGCGCACCACAACCAAACCGCCGACGUCCUCCGAGGAGUCCGGCGGCUGCGAAAGUCCUACAAAACUCGGACGAAAGGCAUUCCAGCAGCCAUCCGGCAGCAGCAGCGAUAGUCCGCCCAAGCACCCAACCUGUUCGCUUCCACUGCUGCAGGUGUGGCCCAGCCAGGACUCGCCCCGAGGUGAAGCAGAUGGCCAAAGCUUCGUUUUUCCGAUCGUAGCCGACGAUCAGCAACCGAACAGCAAUGGCCGCCGGAACUCGCUUUUCGUGGAUCAGCUGCAGGCGGGUGACUCCGGUAUCGAUUCCGUGCAGGCGUCCCCUUCACCAAUCGCCAUGCCUUGCCAUCCGCUCGUCGUGUCUAAUGCCAUCUCCCCAACUGCAUCACCUCCGGCCGGUUCUCCAACGCCCUCGGUUGAACGUGUGGCAGCUCGACGACCUUCGACAUCGCUUCUACACCCAGAUCACGCAAGGAUCUUCGCCCUACGACCGCCGGCUUCACCCGAUCAGGUGAGUCUUGCCAGCCUACCCCUGUUCGACAAUCACAGGAGCGCAUCUACGCCGCCUCACCCGCUACAGAGCUCGCUGGAGGAUAGCUCGGACUUUAAUGGGGCCACGACCAGCAACCAUCUGUGUACCGCCAGUUCCAGCACGACCUCUUCGCUUACGUCUGUGGCAGUCGCCACCUUAGGACCUCAUCCCCAACGGUCCUCCGAUCCGUGGUUGCGACCUGAGCGUGACAAGGAUAACCCCGAGCUGGAUCAACGCCGUGCCUCCACGAUGACCGCCCGACUGUCGCUGUUCGACGCUCUCGAUCUCGAGUACGCCCUUUUACGGGCAGCAGCUCGCGGUUCCGUUGGUCCUUACUCCCUCAGUGAGUCCUUACACAAGCUGACGUUCACGCAGUCUCUCGCUUUUCCGGCGCUAGCUCGAGGACUCGCCACUAAAAGACGCAACUCGACUGAGCAGAGCUCCUCGAGACCCCUGAACCCGAACGAAUCUGGGCUGAAUACGUUCGCGAAGGUUGUCACCGCGUGCGUGCUCGUGAUGGUGAGCUUUCUUGUCUUUCUCGUCGUGUAUAAGUACGUGCGAACGUGA